AUGAAGUCCAUUUCCAUUGUUGUCGCAGCUCUUGCUGUUGGUGCUUUCGCAGACCUCCACACUCAAGGUGUUUGCAUCGACAAACCUGCCAAGGGAGUUGAGGUUUACAAUCAGGCGGCCACUGAGCAGGCAUGCACUGCCUAUAAGAACCGAAACACUGGUAACAAGCAGUGGGAUAAAUGCCCCGACUGUACGCUUAAGAACGAGCAGGACCUGCUAUACUACUGCGAGUCCCAGGGUUGGCACAUUGGAGGUGAUGAGUUACACUAUUACUGCACUCAACAUGGUGCCUCGGACAGUAUUGCUUGGUGA